AUGCUGAAAGAGGUGGUGCGCAUCGGUAUCGACAACCACUACAUCAACAUAAGUCCCGUAGAAAUCGAGCAGUUCCUACUGACCCACCCGUCCAUCGCUGAGGUGGCGGUGGUGGGGGUUAACAACAAGUCGGGCACUCAUUGGCCCCGGGCUUACGUGAUACUCAAACCCGGUGUCACCGGUAUUACGGCCGAGGGUAUCGAGAAGUUUGUGUUUGACACGUUGGCGUACACUAAGCGCCUGAAGGGUGGGGUAGUGUUUGUGGACCGCAUCCAGAGGACAGCCAUCGGGAAAGUCGACCGAAAAUACUAUAGAAAUCUCGUGAAAGACGAAGUA